AUGGCUCGGUCAAAUGCUAUAACCUACGCUUCUCGUCGAUCGAAUCAUGCCGAAUCUUCCACUGCUGGAGCUCGUCGAGCUGUUCGAGCAGAAUCGGAUCGAGAUAGGACAGAUUCCGAGGGAGGAUCAGCGAGUGAAGAUGACGAAGCCGACUUUCAGAGCAGGCCGACGCAAGGGACAGCACAGACUGGAACGCAGGCUGGUGCAGCUGAGAGUCAUCAAAGCAGGGCGGCAGCCAACAUGAAGGCCGGAAUGGGUCAUGCCGCAUACGAAAAACUGGUAACAGAAACGAUCACGAUGGCAUUAUAUGCAACACAACGACGACAAGCGAUCAAGAAGGACGAUAUCAACAAGAAGAUUCUGUCAAAGAAGACAGCAAUCUGGCCAGCGGUAUUAGCGGACGCACAACUCAAGUUACGGGAUGUAUUCGGGAUGGAACUAGUAGAGCUUCGAUCGGCAGGACAAGGUGAUCCCACCCUGAGGGAAACAGUAGACACAAACGAGUCCCAGGUGCAGGGAAAGGGCAAGAAACGAGCCAACGAUGCGGAUGAUGCAGCAGAUGCGCCAGCUAAAAAGAAAGCGGCUUCCGGAUCAAAGUCAUGGAUCUUACGAUCGACGCUACCGCCAGAGCUGAUCGCCGCGAUGAAUUUGCCGAAUGAGAUCGUCUCUCGUGGCGAGGACGAAGAAAAUCACCCGGCAAUCAAAGACUGCGGAGCUCUUUUACAUUGGGACAAGGGGGACGGGAUAGCAGGUGGAGGUGUCGCACUGAAAGGAAUUCUUUUUACGUUAUUGGCGCUCAUUCUGGUCAGGGAUCGCUCAAUAUCGGACUCGCGAUUCAUGAAAGAGUUGGAAGAGAAGCUCAACCUGCAUUCGGAAACGAUCUUACCUUUUGCGGCCAAGGAUUCGCCCAUCCGAUCAAUCAAGUUUAGCGAAUUUCUGGCUCUUCUGGUACGGCAGAACUAUCUUCAGAAGGUGAAAAUACAGGGAGUCGUUGGAGACGUCGGCGCUGGGCACGAAACGCAAUACGAAUGGAGGUGGGGAUCGAGAGCCGAUGCUGAGAUUGGCGAAAAAGCCGUCAGCGAGUUUAUGCUCGAUAUCGCGGAAGACGAUGAUGCCGCAACUCACGAACAGCUUGAUGCAGCUCAAAGGAAGAAGGAAAAGCAAGAGAAGGCAUUGGAGAGGAAGCGAUUAAAAUCUGCAAUAGAAUCGGCAGCCGGGAGUGCAUUACAAGACGUGACUCCGUCAUAA